AUUUGGGAAAAAUAUCAAACUGUAGAAAAUAAAAAAGGAAGUUGAAUCAUAAAGAGAACAUAGAAGAUAAGUAGUGUAAGUUGGUUGAUUUUAGGUCAUGGCUCAACAGAAUCAUUAGAGACAAAAAGUCUAUUUCUACUUAUUUUUAAAUUCAGUUAACACUUCAUAUAGUAUUUUUUUUUAUCCUUAAUGUACUUAAUUGUCUUUCUCCCACGUGUGUGAUGGAACAAUCAGCGUGUGUUCAAAGUCAUUGAUCUCAGCAUCAGGCAGCAGAUCUGGUCUCUACAGGGUCACCACUUUCCCAGAUUCAUACAGAGCUCUGUGAGUCUCUCUCCAUCAUCCCCCCAGUCCUCCACCUGUUCCCCUGAGAUCUAACCAUUGUCCCCCAGGCAUUAACAGCAUUCAGCAUGCUGCAUCCUCUUUUGUCUCACCAAGCUCUCUGAUUGGAUGAGACUGUGAGAAACUUCAACCAGACCAAGACCCACACAUUCAUAUGGAGAUGUGGGACUAUAAAUAGGAGGGAUGAAGCCAGCAGAGAUCAGAUUCUCUCUACAGAGACCUCUACAGCACAGAGAUCCAGCUAUGGCACCUACAAUCACUGCAGCAAUGACCAACUCUCAGGACCAUCUGACUCUGACCCACAAGCUCAGAAAGCCUCUGGUGGAGAAGUUACGCAGAGAGCGAAUCAACAGCAGCAUUGAGCAGCUCAAGUCUCUCCUGGGUCCAGAGUUCCUCAAACAGCAGCCAGACUCCAAGCUGGAGAAAGCAGACAUCCUGGAGAUGACAGUUUGCUUCCUGAGACGACUGCAGCAAAAACAUCAAGCUGUUCACUCAGCAGCUGUGGAUCAGGGCUACUCCAGGUGUGUCCAAGAAGUGGCACACUUCCUGUCCAAGGAAAAGGUGAUGACACAGUCCCAGAGUCAACUGCUGAACCACUUCAACAAGCUGCAGUCUUCCUCUGAUAAGUCCCUGAGAGAGGCUGACUUCUCCCCUCUGAGCUCCACAGUCCAGACCAGCAUCACCAAAGAGAAGAGUCCAGUCAACAGCGCCCUCUGGAGGCCGUGGUAGACUCAUACAGACUGGAGACACUACCAGACAAACUGAGAUGACCAUGUUGGUCAAACAUUACUGGACUGAAUCAUUUGAGAUUUAAUUCACUUGUUCUUCUGUAUACAGAAGGCUGAUUUGUGUGUUUUUGUAUUUGUGCUAGAUGACAUUUCCUAAGGAAAUGACAGCAACAAUAUCUUUCAAGUGAAGAAAGAGCAUCUUGUCAUGCAUGUAGCAUGAACUAAA